AUGUCUGGUCCCGGCGCCGGCCACCAAUUCCCCGCCCAGGAGGUCUCCUGGCUCAAGCGCGACGCCCUGCUCUUCGCAAACAGCAUCGGCGCGACCUCCAACGAGCUGCACUUUCUCUUCGAACUGCACCCGAACUUUGCUGUCUUCCCUACCUACCCUAUUAUCCUGCCAUUCAAACUCACCGACCAAGAAGUAACCGACUUCUACGGCCGCUCAAAAGGCAGCCCCAUCCCGGGCGUACCCAACUUUGACGCCCGGCGCGUCGUCGACGGCCAGCGCAAGCUCACCGUGCUCAAGCAGCUGCCGACCAGCAGCGCAGGCCGGAAAUUCGAGCUCCGCAACAAGGUCGUCGGCGUGUACGACAAGGGCAAGGCGUCGGUUGUUGAGACGGAGCAGUCGAUUGUCGAUGCGCAGUCUGGAGAGGUUUACUCGAUUGUAAACAGUAGUGCGUUCUAUGUUGGACAAGGCGGAUGGGGUGGACCAAAGGGCCCCGCGACACCAAACUACCCCCCUCCCAAGGGUCGCAAGCCAGAUGCCGUGACUGAGAACCAAACGACGACUGAGACUGCCCAGCUCUAUCGGUUAAACGGCGACUACAACCCCCUCCACGCAACGCCCGAGCCCGGGAAGCAGAUGGGCUUCGGCGGUGUCAUCAUCCACGGGCUCUACAGCUGGAACGCGACUGCGCACAGCGUGCUCGAGGCGUUCGGCGGCAGCGACCCGAAGAACUUCAAGGAGUUCCAGGCGCGGUUUGCGUCGCCGGUGAAACCGGGCGAUAAGCUUACGACGGAGAUGUGGCGGACUGGAGAGGUCGUUGAUGGGUUUGAGGAGAUCCGGUUUGCGACGAAGAACCAGAACGGACAGGUUGUGCUUAGCAAUGGAAGGGCGUUGAUUCGGGUGCAGAAGAAGGAUGCGAAGCUUUAG